CAUAUAAACAUUUCAGUUGAUCCUAGAGCAUGAUCAUGUACAUCAAAGCGUCUUUCGCUUUCCUGCUCUUAGCCCUGAUUUGGGAAUGUUCAAGUGCACAGACGUGUGAGCCGCCUUUUAGUCGAGUUGGAAACAAGUGCUACCACGUAACCUUGCAAAAGGCCAACUGGCAUGUCGCCGAUCGCAGCUGUCGAAAACUUGGUGCCGAGCUUAUGGUGCUUGACAAUGAAGAGGACAAACUCCUUACAACCGAAUUCCUGAAGAGUAUGGGACUUUCCUUCACCCAAAGCUGGCAUCAUUCCGUUUGGGCUGGCAUCAAUUGCUUGGGUAACCGGCGCACCUUUCUUCUCGCCAAGAACGGCGAUGCUGUGACGUACCUAAACUGGGUGCCCCGGGAGCCAAACAACGCUUCUCCCGAAGAGGAUUGCGUGGGAUUCGCUAACUACAACGGAGCCUUUGGGUAUCACGAUAUAGAGUGCAAGGUUCAAUUUCCAUUUGUGUGCCAGAGGGUACCAGCUGCGGACUACUUCUGCCUUAAGCGGGAUCUCUUCCUAGAGGUCCUUUUGUAGGGCAUUCAAUUACAUGUUUUAUACUCACAAAUAAAUAUACAUAUUUGUUUUUUACCAUA